CUCAGCCUCCGGCGCAGAGAACACGCCGUUCUGACAGUUUGAGAUUACUUUUGUCUUUUCUGGCAAAACAAAAACAUGUCGGAGACUGCUCCAGUUGCUCCUAUCACUCCUGCACCCGCAGAAAAAAUACCGGUGAAGAAAAAGGCGAAGAAGGCAGGCGCUACUGCUGGGAAACGCAAAGCAUCCGGACCCCCAGUGUCUGAGCUCAUCACCAAGGCAGUGGCAGCUUCCAAAGAGCGCAGCGGCGUUUCUCUGGCCGCGCUUAAGAAAGCGCUUGCGGCUGCUGGCUACGAUGUAGAGAAAAACAACAGCCGUAUCAAGCUUGGCCUCAAGAGCUUGGUGAGCAAGGGUACUCUGGUGCAGACCAAAGGCACCGGUGCUUCUGGAUCCUUUAAACUGAACAAGAAAGCCGCUUCCGGGGAAGGCAAACCCAAGGCCAAGAAGGCUGGCUCAGCCAAGCCUAGAAAGCCCGCUGCAGCAGCCAAGAAGCCCAAGAAAGCGAGUGGCGCCGCUACCCCGAAGAAAAGCGUCAAAAAGACUCCUAGGAAGGCAAAGAAGCCAGCAACAGCUGCUGGGACCAAGAAAGUGGCCAAGAGUGCGAAAAAGGUGAAAACACCCCAGCCAAAAAAAGCCGCCAAGAGUCCAGCUAAGGCCAAAGUCCCUAAGCCCAAGGCAGCCAAGCCUAAGUCGGCGAAGCCGAAGGUUACAAAGGCAAAGAAGGCAGCUCCGAAGAAAAAGUGAAACUGGCGGGACGUUCCGCUUUGAAAAUUUAAACGGCUCUUUUCAGAGCC